AUAAAGUUGAAAAACUUAAAAAACUUAUAGUGAAAACAACAAACUAUAAAGGAAUAGUAAUUAAAAUAUUAGAAGAAAAACCAAAAGUAGUUAAAGAAGUUCCAAAACAGAUUAAAAUAAAAACAGAAGUAUCACCAAUACUUAAGAAGAGCCUAAAACUAACAGUACCCCAAGCAGCAGAACUAUACGUAUACCUAGAACUCAAAAAGAAAUUUAAUCAAGGAACCUUACCUAUAAAUAAGUUACCAUACUUAACAACCAGAGCAAAACAAUAUAACGAGCCAAAAGAAGUUUUCCAACAAUAUUUCAACAAAUAUCCAAACCCACCAUCGGACGAACAUAAGAUAAAACUACAAGAAAAACUUAAAGAAUUUGAUCAAAAAAUCGAAGAGUUCAUAGAAGGAAAUUUGAUAACUAAAAGAAUUCCUAUACAAGAAGAAAAUCGAGUCUAUAAUUACAAGAAAAAAGAAUAUAGAAAACAAAUUUCUAAUUACAUUGAAGAAGAAGAAAUAGACCCAGAAAACUUAACUGAUGAAGAAAUAACAACAUAUUUAGUAUACUCGUUAGUAAUAGCAGAUAGGUCAAGAGUCAAAACAAGCUUAGAAACUAUUUCAAGAAAAUCAUUUAACGUUAGAAAUUGGCUAAAACAUACUCAGUCAGAAUUCGAACCACCAAAAAACUUAGAAAGGCUAACAUCCUUAAUAUCAGAAUUUGAUGGAUCAAUUGAAAAAUACAGAGAUUGGAAAAAUCAAUUAGAAAAUGCAUUCAAAGCAAUAAAAUUAGGAGACUUAAUUAUAUUUGGAAGAUACUCCGGAAUACCUAAAAAGGGAUAUGCAUUAAGAGAAAGAAAUUAUGAUUCAACAGGAAACAAUGCAAGUGAAUGCAGAUGGAGUACAGAAAUAAUGCAAACAGUAUUCGCGAUAGUAAAAACAAAAUUAAGAAAAGAUGCAUUAGAAGUAUUCGACACAGAAAUAGCAACUAUAAAUUGUUAUUUUAGAUCCAACUUAGACAAUGCAAAUAACUUAAAAGACACAACAAACUAUCCAAUAAAAGGAAUAAACUACUUACAAGCAGCAGGAAAUUGGCAUGCUUCAGCAACAGCAGAAGGAACAAGGGUAAACCCAAAUGUUACAGACGCAACACAACAAAAAGGAUUUAGAGACGUAUUUGAUGAAAACUUCACAAGAGACUCAGUACAAUCAUUAAAUCAAAAAGAAUUUCUUAAAUUCAACUUUUACAAAAAUCUAGAUUGGAGCGACGACUCAGGAUUCAGAAAACAAAUGAAUCAAUAUAAAAAACUCAAACAAUU